AAUAUCAACUCUUUACUGACAAAGUAAAAGGUGACGAUGCUUAUGGGGAAUGUUAUAAAAAGGGUAUGAUGCUUGCUGUCACCAAUGACGAGAAUGAUUAUAAUCGCAUAGUUGACAUGAUCAAAGCCCAGGGACAAGAUAAGAACAGUUUCUGGUUUGGUAUGAGGAAGAUCGACGGUGACGUCAAAACCAUUUAUGGAAAUGCUGGUUACCAAGUAUUUGCACCUAACGAACCUAGUGGUAAUGGCGACUGUAUCGAUCUUUGGGAGAAACAUGACUUCAAGUACGACGACCUCGGCUGUGGAACAAAGCUAAUGUACGUAUGUGAGCCCCUAGAUUGUGACAUUGCUGCAAUGCUACCCAAAUACAAACUAAUUACAAUGAAGAACCCCCGCGAAGAGUCAAUUCAAGCAUGCGAAUCGGCUGGCAUGGUACUUGCUAGAGACGAGUGUGAAAUAUCACAUGCUAUCAUGACAUUCAAGAUACGGUCACUUGGGUUCUAUGACAUGAGUUUUCACAUUGAUGCAAUCAAAAGUGGUUCUAACGUGGUAUCAAAUGAUGGCACUAUUCUGGAUUAUCAACCCUUUGCAAAGGGGCAACCUGAUGGAAAUGGUGACUGUCUAUAUUUAUGGAAAUCAAAAGGAUAUCAAUGGGACGAUGACAAAUGUAGUACGAAGAUGGGAUACGUAUGCUACGAUGAAUCUGCUGUGAGCACACCUAUAUUUGACAACCAAUACCGCAUAUUCACUGAUAAGAAGAAGUACAGAGAAGCAGCCAAGUCCUGCAUGGAUCAGGGUAUGAUGCUAACUGACUUGAGAGAUGAGAAUGUUCAUUAUACUAUACUUGAAAAAAUGCAACAACAAGGUAUUACCAAUCAAAAUAUCUGGAUUGGCCCCAGAACCGUUGGCAGUCUGCUAUUGACAAUGAGUGGUUCCAUGGCUACAUAUCAACCAUUUGCUAAGGGUGAGCCUAAUGGUGAUGGACCAUGUGUACAUCUUUGGAAUAAUUACAACGGCGAGAAAAUAAAUGAUGUAUCGUGUAACAACGCUUACAUGUAUAUCUGUGAAGUGCAAGAUGAUGCAAUGAAAAACAUGGUGGGACUACUUGAUAGCCUCGAUGUGAAUGAACAAAAAGUUAAGUGGGACGAAUCUGGUCCUGCAUGUGCCAACAAAGGUAUGCAAUUAGCCAAAGACAAUAGCCAAGUUGCUCACAUGAGUCUACUGAAUAAACUACUGCUUGAAGAUGUCAAUAAGGACAUGUGGAUCGAUGUCCGUAAGCAAGGUUCUGAUAUUAUUUCCAGUGACGGGCAAGUACAGAGUUAUACAGCGUUUCACACUGGUCAGCCAGACGGUAACGGAGAUUGUAUCCAUUUGUGGUCAGCUCACAAACACCAAUGGGACGAUGAUAGUUGUACCAGGACUAAAGGCUACAUAUGUGAAGAAGGUAAGACAACUAUUUGCAGGAAAUCAAAAGGAUAUCAAUGGGACGAUGACAAAUGUAGUACGAAGAUGGGAUACGUAUGCUACGAUGAAUCUGCUGUGAGCACACCUAUAUUUGACAACCAAUACCGCAUAUUCACUGAUAAGAAGAAGUACAGAGAAGCAGCCAAGUCCUGCAUGGAUCAGGGUAUGAUGCUAACUGACUUGAGAGAUGAGAAUGUUCAUUAUACUAUACUAGAAAAGAUGCAACAACAAGGUAUUACCAAUCAAAAUAUCUGGAUUGGCCCCAGAACCGUUGGCAGUCUGCUAUUGACAAUGAGUGGUUCCAUGGCUACAUAUCAACCAUUUGCUAAGGGUGAGCCUAAUGGUGAUGGACCAUGUGUACAUCUUUGGUAA